AUGUUUGAUGUUUUUCAACACAAAAUUCAUGCGCAUUGCUCAUUUGCGCUAAGUCUCCUCUCCCAUGAGCUUUGCUUCCACAACCAAAGCUCCCUAUAUAUACUAUUGGAGAGCAAGGCUCAGGAAAUAAAAUAUAAGAAAGAGGUUCCCUUCUUGUUUAUCUUUGUUGUGUAUGCUACUACUGCUUCUCACAAAAUGACUUCACGUAUGGUGUUACUUUUUCUUUUUCUCCUAGGUUUGGUCAUGGUGAUACAAUCAUCAUCAGGACAUGACAGUACAAAUUCCGUUGAUCCUAAUCUUAAAAAUAUCAGGCAUUCCACUGAUGUUGAUGAUGAGAUGAAGUUAGGCUCUGAAUCCAACCGUCGCCAACUGUAUAAAUCGCGCUAUAUUAGCUAUGCCGCAUUAAGGGAGGACAACCUCCGAUGCAACAAACGCGACGGUUCUUACAACAUUUGUCAUAAACGCCAGAUUGCUAAUGCAUACCGUCGUGGCUGCACCAAGGCCAACAGAUGUGCGAGAGCUUAUGAUAAUUAGUAAUGCUAAAAGAUUUCAUAUAUGCAGUUAUAAGGAAUUCUUUUAGCUUCGAUCUAUUGUAAUGGUAAGUUAUAUAUAUGAAUUGUUGGAAUAAAGAACAAACCUUAGUAAUAUGGCUUGUUAAUUAUCUGGAUUUUACAAUGUUGAUUAGAUAGUCAUUGAGCAUUGUACUCUAUUGUCCGUUCAUUUUUAUUAUGGUAUUUUGUAUCAUUAUGAAAUGAAAUUAUAUACUAUUCAGUUUCUUGUUGGUUGAUGCG